AUGGUUGUCAUCAUGCAAGGGACACGACCUACACAGCCAACGGGGCAUGUCAAUCCCCGAAGUUCGGAUAUUAGUGAUCAAUUUCAGCAACUGAAUCCACCCAUUUUUCGAGGAAAGGCAGGAGCUGAUCCUUGCGAAAGCGAGUAUUGGGUGGAACAAAUCGAGAAAAUCUUUGACUUCAUUGGCUAUGAUGAGGAGGAUAAGGUCAGUUGUGCCACCUUUCAACUUCAAGACGAGGCAGAUCAAUGGUGGAAGACAAUGCAGAGGGCCUUACGAAGUCCUGAAAGGCAAGGUGAGCCAAAUGUUUCAUGGGCGCGAUUUAAGGAACUUUUCAAUUCUAAGUACUUCCCUCUGUGCAAGAAGAUGGAGAAAAGCCGAGAGUUCAUGAACCUGCGACAGACCGAGGGCAUGUCAGUUGCCCAAUAUGAAGAUAGGUUCACACGUCUCAUUAAGUAUAUGCCUAUCUAUGAUCUGGACGAGGAGGCCAAGGCUCAAAAAUUUCCUGGAGGAUUGAAAAUGGAAAUUCAACAAGCCUUGAGUUCCGUCGGGCCACGCACAUAUGCAGAAGUAGUCUUUCAAGCCCAGACUGUGGAGAGUAAUCAUGAGAGGAUGAACUCCUUGAAAAAUGAAUCCCAAAACCCAACGAACAGGAAGUUUGAUAGAGGGUCUAACUUGGGACCCCGAGGGAAAAAUUUCAAGAAAAAGGAGAAUUGCCCUAAAUGUCAGAAGUCACAUCCAGGAAAGCCAUGCAGGGUAGAGACCCCAAAGUGCUAUAAUUGUGGAGCUAAUGACCACGUGAUCCGUGAAUGUACAAAGGGACGGGUGUGCUACAAUUGUCAACGACCCGGCCAUGUUUCCAAGGAUUGUCCGCAAGGGAAAGGAGCAGGUCAGCAGGGAGCAAAUAAAAGGAGCUAA